UGCAAAGCGGAACUUGUGCAUGCAGGACCCCACAUUGGAAGGGCAGCACUGUGUGUGGGCGCCGUUUAAUGUCUGAAGGCAAUACAGAGGACAUCCACGAGAACAGACUGCUCCAGAGGACUUUUUGAAGCCUCUGAAUUUACAGCAGUGUUGUAGAAACUCCCGUAAUCUGUGUGCUCUGCUCAGUAGAAAUGUCACAGCACUCAGUCCGGGGGCUGUGUUGACACACAGACCCACAAGCAUCAUGCUCUUUAUUCCUCCAACUUCCCACCAAUGUCACAUUUUUCUGUCCUGACCAUUUGUAUUUUCCCCUUUCUGAGUCUCCUCUACUUACAGUAAGUAGUAAACAGUUUCUUCUAUCUCUUGUCUUUCAGGAUAUGCAAUUACUGUAGAUGCCUCUUUAUAAAGACCUCAAGUAAUGACAGUACCAAGACUCUAAAGGCUAGGGGAUUCCACUCACUCUCCUGUCUACAACCAUGCACCCAACUACAAGUUACACUUGCACCCUGAUGAAGUCGUCAGCAGUGCACUUACUUUAAGCCCAUGACUCUUAUGACUACGUGGUAUCAUAGGCAACUUCCUGAAGUCUCUACAGAGCAGCCUGUGAACACAGCACGAGUCAGAGCGCCUUAUCAUCUUCUCUGUGAAAGCCAGGGGACAGAAAAGAAAUAUUCAUCAAGAGGAGAAAGGUGUGAAUUAUAUGCUAGUUCACACCAGUGGCCAGACUCUGUUUCCUGUAUGCUGGGUAGUCUUUGACACAAAACUGCCUCCACCCACUUCAGAUGUCCAUCAGAAAUGAAAAUAACAGCUGGGAAAAAAUCAUGGGAGAUAAUGCAUCCUGUAACUCAAUUGAAAGGGAUAAUAUCACUAUUUGCCUGGAUAUUCCCUACAAAGACAGCAAGAUACUUCUAAUUGCUGUUUACAGCAUUGUUUUUGCCAUUGGUCUUCCAGCAAAUUGCUUAACAUCCCUGCUCACACUUGCACAAAUCCGAAGGAAUAAUGCAAUUGCCAUAUACAUUUUCAGUUUAUCAUUGUGUGAUCUGAUGUAUUUAAGUACCUUGCCUAUCUGGAUUAUCUACGUGCAACAGGAUCACCAGUGGACUAUGGGUGAACAGGUUUGCAGAUUGACAGGAUUCAUAUUUUUCUGCAACAUAUACAUCAGCAUUCUGCUUUUAUGCUGUAUUUCUAUGGAUCGUUAUGUGGCACUGGUGUAUGCUCUGGAAUCAAGAGGGAGAAGAGGACGUAAAAAGGCAAUCAUAAUAGUAUGUUUUCUUGUUGCUGUGGUUGCAGUAAUCCACAGUCCAAUAUUUAAAAUGACUAGUUUACAUAACAAGAACUGCUUUGAGACCUUACCCCUUGACAAAACACUGGCUUCUUUCAGCUUUGCCAGAUUCCUGUUUGGGUUUGUCAUACCUUUCACAAUUCUCAUCUUCACCAACUACAAGAUUUUCCAAAGAACAAAAACAAGUGACAGUGUGACUUGUCACCAAAAAGCCAAAGUGAAGUAUCUGGCAAUUGCCAUCAUUGUCAUUUUCCUGAUGUGCUUUGCUCCCUACCACGUGGUACUCUUAAUAAGAGCCAUAUACUUUAUGUUUCAUCAGGAUUGCUCGUGUUCAUUUGAAAAAAGCAUAUAUUCAGUUUUUACAGGGUUUUUGUGUUUAUCAACUGCAAAUGGCAUUGCCGAUCCUAUCAUCUACGUGCUGACUAGUGAAAACGUCAGGAAAGAUUUCUAUAGAAGUCUGAGAAGGUGGAAAUCAAACUCAUCCAGGCUCAACUCAUCCAUUAAUCAUAAGACUGACAGCAGCAAAUUGAAAAGGCAAAAAGAAUCACAGGAAGGAGUAUUAAGGGAAGAAAACAGAGAGACAUCAAGUUCAUCACAUGUGCAGGAGACCAUAUGCAGUCAUAAUAGCCAAGACCCAGAAGGUGGUAGCUAGCAGUUUGCAACUGCAGCUGGCUGCUGGCAGCAAAGAACUCCUCAAUGCAAUCUGCAGACUGCACAGUGCAGCACACACAUAUUUAUGUGCUGAUGUCCAAAGGAAGGGUUGGUUGGUUGUUUUUUUUACAGUACGUGGGCCAGCAACUCCUUGAGAACAUUAUGGGAACGUUACUUCUUAUUUCUGUUUCUAUCCUUCAAUGAGGUUUGCCCAUCAGUACCACCAGUGAAGGCCUUGCUUUGUGAAAAACGUGGAAUAGACUGUGAAACUGACUUUGACUCAAACUAAAGUCUUAAAAGCUUAUUUUUUGGACUCUUGCAUACUGAGAAUCAUUUACUUCUUCUGAGUUGAACAAAAAGAAACACCCAAGCUGGGAGAUGAAUGUGAGGCCCAUUCUUCUGGUUGAAAUCACCAGGUACAUAUUCAGAUUCUCAUGCAUGUAUCCUGUUGUUACAGUUUGUGGUUAACCAGUGGAAAAUAUAAAAAAUGAGGAAGUCUUUCAAGAGCCUUGAAAAUGUUCCUAAUGCUGCAAUAUGUAGUUUGAUCUACCUUGCAUAUACUGAGUAAAGAGCAAAACAGUGUCCUGGAAACGUGUAUAAACAGAAGUUGUGCCCUUCUACUGCUUGAUAUUUUACAUUUGGUAGAUUUUCCUUGUUUUGUUGUUAACUCUGGAACGGGGUGAAAUGUUUAGAAAAGAUAAACAUUUUCCGGUGGAAUCAGGGACUGUUUUUAUGCCAUCUCCAAGUAUCUGUUGAACUCAUGUUUCAUUUCUGACUACAAUAAUGCUUCCCUCACUGUAUCGAUCUGGAUUUUAGUGAACAGGAUCUAUAGGAGAGUAUAGACUUAUUGGCAAAGAAGCCUUUCUGACAAGGAAGGGUGGCAGCAUGAAGAACACAGUCCCUUCUCCUCAUUGAUGGGAAUUCCUUUGGACACACUGACAGCAUACACUGAGACUGUGCAUGGCAGAUUUCCUUGUUUCUGCCUCCAUUUUUUGUUCUGAAUAAACUACUGAUGGCAAUAUCCUGUGCCUUCAAACUAGAAAUUAUGAAAGAAGAAACUCUACCACCUGGCAAGAUUUAUCUAAAAAACCUUCUUUGUAUUUUUUAUGUGACCAAAAUCAAACAUCACAAAAGUUUAUUUCAGUACGAGUUUCUAAAGCGUUCCAUAGUGCCAUUCUGCUUUAUCUGCAAUGUUGUAUUUCAGUAAUAGUUUUAAAUUGGCAUUAAGUAUUUGUUAGUAUUUUUAAAUUGUGUUAGGUAUUUCUGUAUGUUAUACUUCGUUCUUACCCACUUUUGGGAAGAAGCACUGCACCCAAAUGGCAUAUCCUCAAGCUAAUGUAUUUAUGAUGCAUCUAAUUUUUGUGUUAUUUAAUGAGCCCUCUGACAUCUUCCUGUGAAAUGUUUGUCUUUUCAAAAGGAGUUUGCACGAUACUGAAUGUAAUAAAGAACUGUCUCCUGGAAAAAU